CCAAUAUUUUUCCCAAAAGGGAAAGGCAAUCGCGUCCCUCGUCGACGACGACCUCACUUGUCGACACAGGGUGGCACAGCCCCUGAGCUGACCGAAGAGGUCCACAAACAUCGCCGAGCGGCGAUAACCUCUGAGGAAUAUAUAAAGCAGUCUUUUCAUCCUCCUCAUCACUGCCUCUCUUCAUGUCUCAGCCUCCAAGCCUCCUCUUGACUUCUCAAGUCAGCAGCCCCUUUUCCGGUCUCAUCGGCUAGACGGCUACCUACAUUCGCUCAAACAAGGGAUCUUGAUCUUGACUCUCUUUUCUGUCUUCUCAUCAUGAAGGUCACCAGCUUCUUCAGGGGACUGGGGAUGUUCGUCGGCCUGGCGGUCGCGGCUCCCCAUGCUUCCAACUCGGACCAGGCCCUCGGACUGUUCCCUCGUGAGCCCGGCGUCUCUCCGGCUUUCGACCUGUCCAAGCGCCAAUCCUGCCACACCCCAACCAACAGGGCCUGCUGGUCGCCUGGAUUUGACAUCAACACCGACUAUGAGGACAAGAUCCCCGACACUGGGGUUACGCGCCAGUAUACCUUGACGCUCACCGAGCAGUGGAACUGGCUGGGACCUGAUGGUCAGCGAAAGGAGGUGGCCAUGCUCAUCAACGGCGGGUACCCCGGCCCCACCAUCCGCGCCUCUUGGGGUGACUGGAUCGAGGUUACCGUCGUGAACAACCUUGAGAUUAACGGAACAUCUUUCCACUGGCACGGAAUUCGCAUGUUGAACAACUGUGUCAACGACGGCGCCAACGGUAUCACCGAAUGCCCCAUCGCGCCCAACAAGUCCCGCAAGUACCGAUUCCGUGCCCAGCAGUAUGGCACUUCUUGGUACCACUCUCACUUCUCCGGGCAGUACGCCAACGGAGUCGUGGGCCACAUAUUGAUCGAUGGCCCUGCUUCUACACCCUACGAGGAGGACCUUGGUAUUCUGAGCAUCACUGAUUGGUAUUACAAGGGUGCCGACCGCAUCCAGUACGAGCUGAUCCCGUCGCCUGGUAGAGCUCCUCCCAGCGACAACAUCCUCUUCAACGGCAAGGGAAUCAGCCCUCCCGGUCGCCCAGCAGGUGGCAGCUACCAGCGCACGGUGCUCAAGCCUGGCAGACGCCACCGCCUCCGCAUCGUCAACCCGUCGGUCGACAACGUCUUCAAGGUCCGGCUCGCUGGUCAUCCAUUCACGGUGAUCCAGACCGACUUUGUCCCCGUCCAGGCCUUCACCACCAACGAGCUCCUGGUCGGCAUCGGCCAGCGGUACGACGUGACCAUCGAGGCCAACCAGUCCGUCGGCAACUACUGGUUCAACGUCACGGUCACCUGCGGCGGCGCCACCAACGCCCUGACCCCGGCCUCCAUCUUCCAGUACGAGGGUGCUUCGUCCACGGCCCUGCCCACCAACCCGGGCCCCGCCCUCGACACCACCUGCCUCGACAUUAUCAACUUCUCGCCCGUCGUGCGCAAGGACUUCCCCGAGGCCGUCUUCCGCGCCAGCUCCGACAACACCCUCAACACGGCCGUCACCACCAAGAACUGGGAGGGCGUCCAGCGCGUCUACUGGACCGUCAACAACGUCGACAUGAACAUCACCUGGGACGAGCCGACCCUCGAGUACGUCGCCAAGGGAAACACCAACAUCCCCCAGCGCUACAACCUGUUCCGUGUGCCCCGCGGCAACGAGUGGAGCGUCUGGAUCAUCAACAACCCCAUCCCCGCCCCGCACCCCAUGCACCUCCACGGCCACGACUUUUACGUGCUGGGCCGCUCCGCCAACAUGCCCACGGCCACCGUCUUCGACCCCGCGCGCGACACGGCCGGCCUGACCUGGACCAACCCGACGCGCCGCGACGUGACGAUGCUCCCGGGCAACGGCUGGCUGGCCGUGGCGUUCCGCACCGACAACCCGGGCGCCUGGCUGUUCCACUGCCACAUCGCGUGGCACGUCGCCCAGGGCCUCAGCGUCCAGUUCCUCGAGCGCGUCGACGAGAUCCCCGCCACCGUCAACCUGGCCGAGCUGGAGCCCACCUGCAGGGACUGGACCGCCUACUACGAGACCAGCCCCAACAAGCAGCACGACUCUGGUCUGAGGACCGGCGGUAACAGCACUGCUCGCGCAGUCUGAAAAGGAAAACUGGUUUGCAGUUUGAUGAAGUCUGGGGUAAAGCAGGUCUCAACCUGAUCUGCGGCUUCAAAAGUCGAAUCUGACGAGAUUCGGCUUCUCCUUUCUUUUUUUUCACUUCAGCUGGAGAUUCUGUUUAUAUAUAUCGACGAUAUGCGAUUGGUCUAUAUCUCCUUUGUCUGAUAACUAGUACAUAACUGCAGUUUGUUCCAUAUUCAAAUCUCAUCUCGUCUC